AUGUAUUGCACCAAAGAUUGCACUUGCAGCCUGUGCCGCGAGUUGCGUGGCUACAAGCCGAGUGGCAAGAAGGUGGCCUCCCCCAAAAUCCCAGCUCCUGCACCCACUCCAGCGGCUAGCUCCCUGCUCAGCAGAAUGCUGAACGACAACUUCAUCCUGCGCAGGCGUGGCAUCUCCCUGAAGAACUUCCAGCCGCAAUCGCUGAGGAACAGCGAGAUGCUGGCCCAGCAGCAACCCGUGCCGCGUCCUCCACAGACUCCAUCACCGACGCCCAUCGAGGAGCUGCCGGAUUGGGCGGCGGAGGAUGAUGCCACGCGGGCGGGGCGGAAGCCCAACCAUAAGGUGGUCAUAUACUUCGGUGACUCCAUCCAUCGGGGACAGCAAUCAUCGCUGCCCUCUCCCAAAGAACUGCACUCACAGCUGCUGCAGGAGAUGUCCCAGAAACUGAAGGCCCACGAAGAGGUUAACCCGGCGGGAAAGGAGGUGAAGACUGAAGCGGAGGCGGGGAUGAAGAAGAUAGAGGUGGAAACCACGCCGACGACGACCAUGGUGGCGACGGCGUCAGCGGCGGCGGCAGUGGAGCUGCGGACGACGGAUGACGAACUGCCGCCCUACAUUGAGAGCGUGCAGAACGGCGUAAUUAAUAUCAGAAUUGAAGGCAAUUACCGGCGAGCCAGUGCCCUGGUGGAAACGGUGGCAAAACCGACUCUGGCCGUCGUGGGUCCAACGAAAUCCGAUGCAGCCGACGUUGCCGGCGAUGCCAACGAUAAUGAUGACGACGAUAGCGACGACCCUGGCCAAGAUGAGGCGGAGACGGACUCGUGCGACUGGAGCUACGUCCAGGAGUGGCGGAGGGCAGCGAAACGACCCACUGGCAACCUGCCGCCCAACUUCAGCCAGCUACCCGCUCCCAGCCAGAUCACCGGCCUGCCACCCGCUCCCCCUCUACAACUACAGUCCCCUCCACAACAACAGCAGUCGCAGCAGCAGUCCCACUCACAGACACCACAUGGCGGAGGUCCUCAGAAAGGACUGGCAGUGGCCAUGGCCACGCCAGCACCGCGAGUAUUCAAGGAACUGGCCCAGCAGCCCAAUAACAACAAGGGCAUUCCCCACAAGAUCGUCUCCAGCCCCGGGUCCCAGCUGGUGAGCUCCUGCAGCCAGCUGACUUCGCCUGUCUCCGCCUCGAAGGCCCUGAUUCCACAGCGAGCGGUGGCUGGUCCGGCACGCCUGACCGUACAGAGUACUCCGGUGAAGUCCCAGCCACCGCAGCUGAGCGGGAGCUUGAACCAGGUCUCGCCCAACAGACCCACACUGGGAAUACCCACCACAGCGGCGAACUCCUCGCCGGCCAGGACGCACCAGCACGAUCAGUUCCGGGCGCUGCAGCGAGUUCAGGAGUGUCACAGCUCCUCAGAUGAGAAUCGCAGCUCUGGACACGCCAGCAUGUCGGAUACGGGUGGUCACAGUUCCUCUCCAGCUGGAGGAAUGACCCUGGGACCUCUGCCAGAGGAUAGGCUUGCGGCUGGAGUGACCAACCGGAGUACCAGGUCGCGGCGGCAUCGUGGCAUUAUGCCCGCGGGGAAGGCCCCGUGGAGCGGAACCGGUCUGGAGGACAUCAAGCUGGCCAUGCUCACGCUACGCUCCCAGACGAGCAGCAGCACCUACAGCAGCUUGAGUGCCGGAUCAGAGAGCUCGGAACCGGCUCGCCGACUGGGCAGAUACUCCUCGCUGGAGACCGUGGUGACCAGCACCAGUGCGGAUGAGUUUGUGUGGGUGGACUCGCACAAUCGACUGGUGGAGUUGCAGCAUCCUCCAUGGAGUCAGCAGUGCAUCCUGCGAGUGCUUCGAAACGGACGCUGCCAGCAACAGGCGGAACACCUGGCCAUAGAGGCGGUGUCCCGCUUAGGCUAUCUACUCCAGCGAGCGCUGGUGAGGAUUGCCCGCGAGAUCCAACGCUUUUCCGCGGGCAUAGGUCUCUGCUCCAAGCAGGAAGUGGCCGGCGCUCUGCGGGUGGUGCUGAGCUCCUCGUUGGCGGACUCCUGCACAAAGGCCUGCCUUCGGGCCGCCGCCAUGUUUGCGGUGCCCGGCGAGAGUGCCCUCAAGCAGAGCAAGUCCGCCCGAGCGGGGCUCCAGCUGUCGGUGGGUCGCUUCUACCGCUGGAUGACAGAUGCCCGACUGGGCAAGUUCAUACACGAGUAUGCAGCGGUGUACCUGUGCGCCGGCAUUGAGAAUCUUCUGGAGGAGAUUGCGCUGCAGUGCAACGGGAGCACUGCGGCUGCCCUGGAUCAGAGUAUAGCCAGUUCCGGCGACGUGUGGGGUCUGCUGCAGCCCUUCGCCCACUUAAAUGCCGGCCGAGUGGCCAGCGGGGCCUUGGCUCUGCCCAGGUGGGCCAGUGCCUCCUCGCUGGCCACCUGUGUGGGUAGUGUGCGGGAGCUCAAGGAGAAGGCGAUGCGAACGCAACAGGAGUUCCAGUUGGCUGCCGCCCUCUCUGGAUCCGCUCUGGCUGCUCUCUUCUACUUUAUGCGCUGCUCCCAACUGGAGCACACGGAGCUGCUGGCCGCCUCGGGCUGCAAUGCUGGCCAGGCACCGGCUGCACCUCAGGGUGCGGGUGGUGCCUCUGCCUCGGCGGGCCAUCAUGUCCAGGAGCUUUGUUAUGAGCGUGCCUAUGUGGUGCUGCCGCCGCUUGCCGAGUGGUUACGAGUGGCUGCCGCCCAUGCUGAGCAUCGGAGCGCCCUGAUGAUCGACAAGGACGACAUUAUGCAGGCUGCACGCCUGCUCCUGCCCGGCGUGGAUUGUCCCAUCCGCCCAGUGGCGCACGACGAGGAGUUGCCCACCAAGAAGACGCAUUUUAACAAUGCUCCCGCUGCCAGCUCGACUGGGACAGGCACGGGAAGCAGCAGCUGUAGCUCGCCGGUGGUUAGCAACAUCGGUAUUGGUAUCGGCGAAGACACCUCGGAGCUGGGCAGGCGAGCCACCAUCGGAGUAGCCUUUAAGCUUCUCCUUACUGGUCGAGCGGAGCUCCUAGCCCAGGCCGCCCAGCUGCUGCCACCCACAACCCGCUACGAUACCCAAAACAGCGCCGGACUCACAGCCCUGAUGAUUGCAAGCAUCCGGAAUGACGAGGUGGCUCUGCACGCACUCCUGGACGCCGGUUGCGAUCCGAAUGUGGAGGUGCCACCAUCCGGUAGUCCUGGCCAUCCGGCAAUCCAAUCGGAUACCCAGCACUGGACAGCGCUGAGCUUCGCUGCCAGCAGGGCCAACUAUGUGGCUCUGAGGAUUCUCCUGGAGCGAGGCGGCAAGGUCGAGGGUGGUGCUCGGAGCAGCGAGGAGAAAUGCACCCUGACACCCCUGCAGUUGGCUGCUGGAACGGGCAAUUUGGAAAUCGUCGCCCUGCUGUUGGCCCAUGGAGCGAAUGCCUUCAUGUCUACCCAGCAGAAGGAUUCACUGUGCUUCGCUGGAUCCGCGCAGAAGGGUUGCUUCUGUGCCAUUUCGGUGGCAGCAGCCCAUGGACAUCGUUCGUGUCUCCGUAAGCUGCUCACUCAUCCCGUCUCUCCCGGGACGAGGGAUGUGCUCUCGCUGGAGGAGAUGCUAGCCGAAGGCGAUGUGGGUGGAGUGAGAGCCGGCGGAGGUGGAGGUGGAGGUGGAGGAGGAGCCGGUGGGCCCGGCAGUGUGAGUGCCAAUGGAAACAAUGAGGAUCUGCUGCCGCUGUUGAACAAGACGCAGAUCAAGCGACUCCAAGAAGCCAUGUACCACAGUGCCGAGAAUAAUCAUUUGGACAUCACAAUUGAGCUACGAAAACUGGGUGUGCCCUGGACCCUUCAUUGCUGGAUGCACGCCUUGUCGGCAGCUCAUGACCUGCGACUGGACGCGGUGAUAGAUCAGUUGUUGCAGGACUUCCUGCAAGUAUGUCCCGAUGACUACAGCGCCCAGUUCGUCAGCGAGUGCCUGCCGCUGCUGUUCAACAUUUUCCGGAACAAGAACGAGGGCACCACCCUGCUCCUGGCCGAUAUCUUCGCCACCUGCUUUGGCUGGGAGACACUGCCACCGGUCAAGGAGCAGCCACCUCUGCAGCCCGUUCAGGGAUCACGAAUCGAUCCCAAGUUUGUCAACAAUCCAGAGCUGAGCGAUGUGACCUUUAGAGUCGAAGGGAAAAUAUUCUAUGGACACAAGAUCGUCCUGGUCACAGCUUCGCCUCGUUUCCAGAGCAUGCUGAGCUCCAAGCUGAGCGAGGCCAGCUCCACCCCCACGGUCCAGAUCAAUGACAUCCGCUACCACAUCUUCCAGCUGGUGAUGCAGUUCCUCUACAGCGGUGGCUGCAGCUCCCUGGAUGUGGCGCACGGCGAUGUCCUCGAGCUGAUGGCAGCUGCUAGUUUCUUCCAGCUGGAGGGAUUGCUUCGGUACACGGAGGCACGUUGCUCUGAAAUGGUGGACGUGGACAAUGUGGUGGCCAUGUACAUACAUGCCAAGGUCUACAAUGCCAAUCGACUGCUGGAGUACUGCCAGUGCUUCCUGCUCCAGAAUAUGGUGGCUCUGCUCACCUACGAUGAUUCUGUGAAGCGCCUGCUCUUUGCCAAGAAGAUACCUAACCACGAUGUGCUCGCCGGACUGCUCCAGACGCUCCAGAAUCGUCUGAAGACCCGCAAACCCAAUUCGGGUGGCGGUCUGGUCAACUCCUAUCGAUCGCCACCACCCACGCCGGUCAAGAAGUGAUCACGAACCCAUUCUUAUUUAUUGCAUUGUUUUUAAUUUAAUAUCUCAGCUUUUAUGUAUUAUAAUAAUGCCCCCUGCCCAAUCCUGAUCCUGA